CCUAUGUUGAGUUUGUUUAGGUUUGAUAUUUGUUGUUUUUUUAAAGAAAAUUCUAUGAACCAAACUAAAAAUGGCUUGCUAUUUAAAUGAAAAUGUAUGCACUCAUACUUUUACGCCUAGAGAGUAUCAGGUAGAACUAUUAGACUCAACCACAAAGAGAAAUACAAUAGUUUGCUCUAGUACAAGUUCUGCAAAAGCUUUUAUUUUAGUAAAACUGUUGCAGGAGUUCUCUUGGGAGAUUCGUUCAAAACCCCAUAAAAAGGCAUUACUUAUCUUAGAUCCAAACAACGUUUUUGUAUUGGCUUCUCAUUUAAAAUUUCUUACAGACUUGAAAGUACUUAGCAUCAUCAAUAAUGAAAAUUAUGACAAAACAUCUUUUGAUGAACAUCAUGUUAUUGUCACAACUGCAGAAAUGUGUAGCAGUGAUAUGAUUCCACUUGACAUUUGCAAGUACAAUCUUCUAGUCAUAGAUGACUGCCUUCAUGGAGAGAGAGAAUACAUAAUAAAGGAUAUUAUGAAAAAAUUUGAUAUUUUAGGACCAGAGAAAGGCCCUAGAAUUCUAGGAUUGACAAGUGGUAUGCUAGGCCCUGAUUUACAGGCAGAUAGAUUGGAAGCUGAGUUCAGAAGACUUGAGAAACUUCUUAAUUCAACAGUAGAUACUUCGAGUGAAAUUGUUACUCUAAUUAGACUAUCAUGUCAGCCAAAAGAGUUCCUUAUUACUUGCCCAAGAAAAGUUCCACUAGCUUUAAAUGAUGAACUUAUAAGUAUUAUAGAAAACUGCAAAUUAUUUUUAAAAGAGCACAGAUAUGAUCCUAGUGAAAUCUAUGCUGAUGAAUUUUUAGAUGAAUUUAAAAAUAUUCAAGAUCCAAAAGAGGUCCCCUUACAGUUACUGGAUGACUAUUUAAACAUUUUGGAUGAUCUGGGACCAUGGGGUGCUGAUAGAGCCGCAAUUAACAUUUUAUCAAAAAUUGAGAAACUAAAAAUCAAAACUCCCUAUGAAAGGCACUAUCUUCUUCUAUGUGUUAUAUCAACGGCCCUAGUGCAUACGCGAGCUAUUUGCAAUUUCGAGUUUGAAAAUUACAAAAAUGAAAUUGAGAGGAUCCAGAAGUACUCUACAUCCAAGGUGCUAAAAUUCAUUCACAUGUUAAGGCAGUUUAAACCGGCUGGGCCCAAACCUAUAUUUACAGAAGAAACUAACCUCACUGAAAGUGAACCUUUAAUAGGACCUCCAAAGAAAACUAAAGGAAAACCAAAGAGACUAAAUCAAAGGGUGCAGAUGGAUGAUAUGCUGUGUGCCUUGAUUUUUGUACAAAAUAGGUUUAAGGCUAAGGCAUUAUUUGCUUUACUCUGUAUUUUAUCUCAGGAAGAUGAUGACUUUUGGUGGAUAUCAGCCCUCUUCUCUGUUGAGAAAGUCGCAGACAUAGCAAAGGAGCCGAGGGAAGCGGAACACGAACACAAAAUGCAAGAGGAGGUUUUAAGAAAAUUUAGAUGUCAUGAAUGUAAUAUAUUGGUAUCUACAUCCGUCUUGGAACAAGGAUGCGAUUUACCGAAGUGUAACUUGGUUGUUAGAUUUGAUUUGCCUACAACUUUUCAUAGUUAUAUACAAAGCAAAGCUAGAGCUCGAGCUUCUGAAGCCUACUUCAUCCUUCUUGCCAAUGAAGAAGAGACUGAUGACUUCAUUUCAAAUUUGGCUCAAUUUAAUGAGAUUGAAAAUACAUUAUUAAGAAGAUGUCAAAGCUUGGAGCCAAGCAAGUCUGAAGAAAUAUUAGCUGAUAGUUACUCAGCUUGUUGUGCUCCUUAUCAACCAUUAGAGGAUUCCGCCAAUGUUUCGCUUUUUAAUGCUAUUGCUUUGAUAAAUAGAUACUGUGCCAAACUUCCUAGUGAUAGCUUUACCAGGCUAACGCCAAUUUGGCGGGAGGAACAUAACCCAGAAGGCUGGGUCUGUUAUAUUCGACUUCCAAUUAAUAGUCCUGUAAAGGUAGAAGUUAGUAGUCCUCCAAUGAUAAAUUCGUUAUUGUCAAGGCGAGCAGCAGCAUUUUUGCUUUGUCAGUAUUUGCAUAAAGUAGGAGAGCUAGAUGAUCAACUACAGCCAAUCAGUAAGGAAAACUUUACACCAGCAGAUGAAGAUGGUAUUUGCCUAAUGUCUGAGGAACAGUGUGAUGAAAACAGUGAAAUUAGACCAGGUACAACAAAAAGAAGACAAUAUUACUACAAGAAAAUUGCUGAUGCGUUGCUGAAUUGUCAUCCAAAACCUGAAAAACCAGCCUACUUUUAUAAAAUAGUGAUGACCUUAACUUGUCCCUUGCCUGAAGAGCAAAAUACGCGCGGACGCAAAAUUUAUCCUCCUGAAGAAUCUGUACAAGGGUUUGGAAUUUUGACUGAUAGAGAAGUUCCAAAAAUAAGCCCAUUUCCCAUAUUCACGAGAUCAGGAGAAGUGAGUGUGGAGCUUAAACUUUGUUCCAAAGAGAUCAUGAUAAAUGAAAAUCAAACUCACAAAAUUCAAGAGUUUGUCAAUUAUACUUUCACUAGUGUUUUAAGGCUUCAAAAGUAUUUAAUGCUAUUUGAACCCAACUUAUCCCUAAUGAAUUAUCUUAUUGUACCUACCAUUGACGAAGAAGAUACAGUUAAAGUUGACUGGAAAUUUAUUGACAUAAUAUACGAAAACCUAAAUUUUGUUCCUCACAUGAUACCAGAUGAGGAUCGUAAAGGCUACAAGUUUAACAUUGAUGAAUACAAAGAUGCAGUAGUAAUGCCGUGGUAUAGAAACCAAGAUCAGCCCCAAUAUUUUUACGUCGCUGAGAUCUGUUCGUUUUUGAAUCCCAAGUCGUCGUUUCCAGGUUCAGAAUAUGCAACUUUUGAAGAAUAUUAUUUUAGAAAAUAUGGUAUCCAAAUUCAAAACCUUGAUCAGUAUUUAUUAGAUGUUGAUCAUACUUCUGCUAGAUUGAACUUUCUGACACCAAGAUACGUAAAUAGGAAAGGCGUGGCAUUGCCUACUAGUAGUGAAGAAACCAAAAGGGCAAAGAGAGAAAACCUUGAACAAAAACAAAUUUUGGUGCCUGAACUAUGUGCGAUACAUCCGUUCCCCGCUUCACUUUGGAGAAAAGCAGUGGCGUUGCCAUGCAUUCUUUAUCGGGUAAAUGCUUUGCUACUUGCUGAUCAAAUAAGAAGGAUUGUCGCUAAUGAUAUAGGCCUAGGAAAGACUCAACUUGAUAAAGAUUUUAGAUGGCCAGCAUUGAAUUUUGGAUGGAAUUUAGCAGACGUUUUGAGAAAGUCUAAGGAAGAAGAAAUGCGUAAACAGGAGGAGUUAAGGAUAUUGCAAGAAAGGGCAGAGGAGAGACUUGAAUCUUUAAAAAUUACUGAAUUGAGACCAGAUGAUGACGAUGAUCAUGACAGUAAGGUUGAUGAGGAGAGUGAUUCUGACAGUGACAACCGUUUAGAAAUUGGAACCUGGUCAAAUGAAAUGGCCGAAGGAGGGAAUGGUCCGAAUACAUUAGUCAGAUAUGGGUCUCCAACAAGCUGUUAUCCCAAUGGUGUUUGGUAUGAUGACUUAUCUGAUAUUUCAGAUUUUAAUUCUGAGUCAGAAUCGGAAGAUUCUGGAUAUGAAUGGGGCGGCCUCAGGAUAGAAUUUACAGGUGAGCAUCAGGCAGAAGCGUUAGAUGAUGAAAAUACUGAAGAUGAAUCAUUCAAACUGAUUGAAGACGUACAUGCGUGGCAGCCUAAUGAUGAUUGCACAGAAACUGAAGAGCUUCGAAAAGCGUUUCAUGAAGCAUGUGCAAGAAAUACAGAACAUAUUCUUACUAGCGGCAUUUUGGUGAAAGAUGAUCAAAUAUUUCAGAAAAAAAGUUCAGAAGUUACAAACGAAAUAGGUGUCACAGGACUUGAUCUGGACAGUUUUGAUACCAGUCAAUUAUUUAUUAAAUCAGCUACCUUAGAUCGAGUUGCUGAUGUCCCAGUUGGACAUUUUAUUAACGAGUAUGAGAUUAGCGAUGAAGACUUAAACUUUAGCUUUGAUCUACAACCAGAUUUAACUAGUCAUCCUGGACCUAGCCCUAAUGUUUUGUUGCAAGCCUUGACUAUGUCCAAUGCUAAUGAUGGCAUAAAUUUAGAACGUUUAGAAACUAUAGGCGAUUCAUUUUUAAAAUAUGCAAUUACGAAUUAUCUAUACUGUAAGUAUGAUAAUGUCCAUGAGGGUAAAUUAAGCCAUUUGCGGUCAAAGCAAGUCAGUAACUACAACCUUUAUAGACUUGGAAAUAAGAAAGGUAUAGGCGAAUUUAUGAUAGCAACAAAGUUUGAUCCACAUGAUAAUUGGCUUCCACCAUGUUUUUGCGUUCCAAAACAGUUGGAAGAUGCCUUAAUCGAUGCUCAAUUUCCAGCUAAUUGCUGGACUGUUGCUGAUAUGGCUGCUACCAGGAACAUGACUAUUGAUGAAAUUUGUUCCAUGGUUAGAAAGCGUGGUGGAAAUAGCUUAACCAACGUUAUUCCUUAUAAUUUAGUUACUCAACAUAGCAUUCCUGAUAAAAGUAUAGCUGAUUGUGUAGAAGCUUUAAUUGGAUCAUAUCUUAUUGACUGUGGUCCUAGAGGAGCAUUGCUUUUUAUGGCCUGGUUAGGUAUUACAGUAUUACCUAAAAAGGAAGAUGGGACUUAUGGAGAAAUCCAAGUACCCAAAUCUCCUCUGUUACGUCUUAUUCCCAAUGCUGAUCAAGAGCUUGAAAGACUAUUAGAUGGAUAUGAUAAAUUUGAAAGACUGAUAGGUUAUAAGUUUAGGGAUCGGUCUUAUCUCCUUCAAGCAAUGACUCAUGCAUCUUAUAGCCCUAAUCGACUUACAGACUGCUAUCAAAGAUUGGAAUUUUUGGGUGACGCGGUCCUAGAUUAUCUUAUAACUAGACAUUUAUAUCAAGAUCCGAGAAUGCAUUCUCCAGGCUCAUUAACUGAUUUACGUUCAGCUUUAGUCAACAAUACCAUUUUUGCUUCGCUAGCUGUAAGACACGAUUUUCACAAGUAUUUUAGGCACCUUUCACCAGGACUGAACGAAGUAGUUGAAAGGUUUAUAAGGUUACAAGAAGAAGGCGGUCACUCCAUUUUAGAUGAACUCUAUUUGGUUCCUGAAACAGAAUGCGAAGAGGUCGAAGAUGUAGAGGUUCCAAAAGCUUUAGGAGACGUGUUUGAAUCAGUAGCAGGUGCAAUAUUUCUUGAUUCUGGUAUGUCUUUGGAUUCAGUAUGGAAAGUAUAUUACCGUAUAAUGAAGGCUGAAAUAGAACAGUUUUCAAAUAGGGUACCUAAAUCUCCAAUAAGAGAGCUUCUUGAACUUGAACCAGAGACUGCAAAGUUUGGUAGACCAGAAAAGCUAGCUGAUGGCAGAAGGGUGAGAGUAACGGUAGAAGUUUUUGGUAAAGGGAUAUUUAAGGGCAUUGGCCGAAACUAUAGGAUUGCAAAAUGUACAGCUGCUAAAUGCGCAUUAAAACAUUUAAAAAAACGAGGCCUUCUACGGCAACCAAGAACUGAGCUUUAAGGUAAAUAUUUAGAUUUAAAGUAGGGUAACAAAUUGAUUUGAUAUUCAAAGUUUUUUUUGCUUUUUUUAUCAACUGUAUAUUUUGGGUUCUGAAAAUCUUUAGGUCCAUCUUUAAAGAAUUUUUCUUACUAAAAUACUUAUAAUUAGCCUUAAGAGUUACACCGUUAAAUGUUUUUUUAGAACAUUCUUUGUACUAUGAGUAAUAAUUGUUGAUAUAAAACGCACAAUUUUAGUACAACUAAUGCUAGAAGAAAAAAUGCAUUUUAAAUAAUUAAAAUGUGUAUACUCUAUUUCAGAAGUGUGUAGAGCAAUAAAACCUCAUUAGGUAUGCAAAAGUGGUACCUGGUGAUCCACCAAUAUUUUAUGCCACUACCUUAGUUGGGUAUUGGUUUCAAUGUAAAAUUCUUUCUUUUCGUUGAUUGCAGGUAGUGCCACCCGGUUUUGGGUCAAUUUAUGAGUUUUGCCCAUUGUUACCCACUGAUAAACAUUGAAAACGGUUCGCCAAAGGCGUGCAACUGGGACUUGUUUUUUACCUUAUAAUUAAUGUACUUAAAUGCUAUUUUAUUUUAGAAAGUUACUUUUGUUUAAAUGGAAUAAUAUAUUUUUUUCACAAAUUUAUUGAACAUAAUAUGUAGAGUAAAACAGUUGAAAAUGUCACUUUUGGAUCUGGCACUUUUUGAACAGUGUAUAACAAUUUUAAAUUAUAAUAGAUUGUAGUCUUCUUCGUCAUCUGACGAACUGUCAUCACCUCUUGACAUUAUAAUUAAAGGAUCGACUGUCUGAUCGAUGAGGUUGUCAAGAUCCCACAUUUUGUCCUCUUGCUUAAUUACAUGCUGGACUGCUUUUCGCCAAUUCUCUGGUGUCGCUUCCGUAAUGGCUUGAUCAAACAGUAGCUUAACAUCUUUCAUUUUAAAAGUCGUGUUUUGUCUUGCUACAAAUCCUUUUACCUGCGCCCAUAUCAGUUCUAUAGGAUUUAGUUCGCAAUGAUAUGGCGGUAAGCGCAGUACAGUUAUAUUAUAUUUUUCGGCUAUAUCUUCCACGGCGUAUUUCAUGAAACGAGUUUUGUGUAAGUUUGCUGUUGCCAGCAGUUCUUUUUUUAUCAAAUUUGCUUCAAACGCAAUACCUUUUGCAGUCAGCCAAUCGAUAAUUUCUUGCUUUCUCCAACUUGAAGUUGGCGUCUUCUCUAUUCGCCGUGAAUGAUAGCUUGCGUUAUCCAUAACCACCAUCGAAUUAGCCGGAAGAAAUUUUAUCAUUUCACCAAAAUAGUCCUCGAAAACGUCUGAGUUCAUGUCUUCAUGGUAAUCUCCUGUGCGAGUCGACUCAAAGGUUAGCAGACCUUCUUUUAAAAAUCCCUCUUCGCUUCCAAUAUGUGUGAUUAUAAGUCUUUUUCCUUUUCCCGAAGGUACUUUAAUACCCGUAGACAGGCCUUCUAUGAAAGCUUGGCGAGCACUGGUUAUAUUUUUGUCUUGCCACAUUUUUUAGACUAUAUAACCUUCGUUAAUCCACGUCUCAUCAAGAUAAAAAACUUUCUUUUGCUCCCUGCGGUACUGCUUGAUACUUCUCAAGUAUUGUAGUCUCCAACAAACAAUUUCGUCGCUCUCCAGUAAAAGUGCUUUGCGGUUAUGCUUUUCCCAGGCAAAAUUCAUAUUUUUUAAAGUUUUCCAUAAAAAUUUUCUACUUAUCAACGGAAUACUGUCAUCUCGGCCAAGCUCCAUUAAAAUUU